AAAAAAUGAUAGCGAAGGGACAGAGGAAAGACAGUAAUGAACUGCCAAAUGUGGGUAUGUGUGCCUGAACCAUUCUAGCAGAAGCUAGAGAACCGUUCUCCCAAGAAGUAGCUGCAAAUCUUCAGCAACAGCUUAAAGAAAAGUAAGAGCUGCUAGGGAGAGGGGGAAGCUGUUGUUUGGAAGGUCUGUAUGUAAGAGCUCAGAAUAAGGCUUUUAGGUCAUAGAUGGUAUAAAAAUGGAAAUGGUAUAAUUUUCUAUUCUGUGAAGCUUACUGGAGACAUCCAGCAACUACUUUAUGAAGAAAAAUGGCAGGAAGGGCUAAAUCACAGUGAUGCAUCACUGCACCUGAGCAGUGGGACUUGUCCAGUUUAUCCAGAUUGACAGCAGUACUGUGUGUCUCAUUCCACCCUUACUGCCAUGAUUUAACUGGAUUUUAUUAGGAGGAAAAAAAAUGGACUGGAUGUGCAGAAGAUGCAACAAAACUUUCUCAGACAUCUGUGGAGCUUCUCAGUGGUCCCAAACAGACUCUUGCAUAUGAGUUUAAUUUUUUGAGAGAAACCUUUGUAAAGGGCUAAAUAAACAAGAUCUGUACAUACAGAAAGCUUUUACUUCCUCUUCACUCCUCUGCACUUGAGACGCAACUAAACUUGUCUGUCUGUUCUUGUGUAUUCCAGUAGGAGCCUAUCAGAGGACUGCAUUGAUUUGAAGCAAAUUCUUCAUUAACAAGGAAAUCUGAAGACUUUUAUAGCAAAUCCGUCAGUGUCAGAAUGAACACAGAUAGCGGUGGUUGUGCUCGCAAACGUGCUGCAAUGUCUGUCACAUUAACAUCUGUGAAGAGGGUUCAGAGCUCUCCAAACCUACUGGCUUCAGGAUCUGAUUCUCAGUCUCCAGAUUCAGCUUGGAGAGCUUACAAUGAUGGCAGCAGAGAGACACUGAAUGGAGACAUUAGCAGUUCAUCUCUUACAGCAAAAGGUUUUAGAAGUGUGCGGCCAAACCUACAGGACAAAAAAUCACCAACUCAGGCACCUCUGCCACCUCCUAGAAAAGAAAGCUUUCAGAAAGCAAGAGUAACUAAUCACAAGAAUGCAAUUAAUCUCCAGACAGUAACAACUGAGCCAGCUAAACACCCUCCUACAGAUUCUGGCUAUUACACUAACGAGAAGUCUGCCCAGAAGAUAUUAUCUUCUCAGAUAUCUAACACGAAUGUGUCCUAUGUACAAACAAUCACUAGACCGCUGGCCGCUAUCUCCAGUGCAGGCACAAGCGCAGUAGCUGGCAUUAGUGCCACUCUCCAUCAAGGCCAAACGCAGCAGUCUCAAAAGCGGAGGGUAUCUACCCUUAAAUUAACCCGGACACAAGACCCAGCAAGUGGUGUUCACUGUAAUAUACAGCAACAGCUCAAGCCUGUUGAAGUGCCAAUAUUUUCACAAAGGCCUGUCUCACCUGCCUGUAACCCCAUGUCUGAGAUACACACAGCAUCUCUUUCCAUUCAGAUAGCUCCCAUCCCUGACAAUAAUGCAGAGCCUGAAAUCCAAGAACAUCCACCUAGUAUUUCUCCAGACACUUCAAAGAUGUCUUCAAAGGAUGUGGGACAAAAGUCUACAGUUCUUCCUUCUUCACAGGCUGCAGAAUGCCGUGUGCUUGGAAACCAGAAAGUAACUGCCCCUGUGAUGGAGGUAAAUGCUUCACAGACACACAGACAAACAACAACAGAAGCUUCUCCACUGCCUCUUCCUCCUCCUGUGGUACCAGUUAACAGAGCCUCUUUCUCACCAGACAGUGGCACCCAUCUAGUACCAUAUUCUUUGCCAACGCUUGAUGAUUUUUCACGCUUUUAUAAAACCCCAGCCCUUUCACAAUUUUCAUAUAAAUGCCCAUUCCUAGCUUCUGAAAAUACUAUCCACAAGAAUGAAACAGCCUCUGUAAGCACAGAUUCUGCCAUGAGUGAGUGCUCCUCCCGCACGAGUGAGUCCUCCACAGUCAUUCUAGAUGAGCUGCAGACUUGUAGCUAUGAUACUACUGACUGCUCUGAAACACCUUCCCCAACCUUGAGCCAGAUGUCUGCUGUGUCAGAUGGCACCACCUUAACCAACACUGCCGCCACUUCCAAUGCUCAGAUCACAGUGAAUGGGAACUCUGGCACUGCUGCCAGCCCAGUGAGUCACUUUCAAAGGCCUUUUUCCCCUUCUUCCGCUUACUCUCCACCAGCUUCUCUCAAUUCCAACCUUGUUAUCAUGCAGCAUGGCAGGAUGAUGGAGUCCACAGAGACAUACUCGCAACAUGUUGGCAGCAGCACCACCACCAGUACAAUACCAAUCUGUAAAUCCUUAGAGGAAGAAAAAAAAAUUACAGUCAUUAAAGCUCCACAUUAUGCAGGGAUUGGCCCAGUGGAUGAAUCUGGAAUCCCUACAGCAAUUAGAACGACAGUUGACAGGCCAAAGGAUUGGUACAAGACAAUGUUCAAGCAAAUCCAUAUGGUACAUAAGCCUGAUGACGACACAGACAUGUAUAAUACUGCAUAUUCAUACAGUACUGGUGGCUACAGUCCAUCCUUCUCUGCUCAGGCACACCCAGCUGCAAAGACACAGACAUACAGACCGUUGUCUAAAAGUGCUUCUGACAGCAGCUCUGAUGCCUUUAAGGUCUCAUCUCCUUUACCACCCCCACAUGUGCCACCCCCAGUCCCUCCGCAUCGUCUGCGGGAAAGGUCUGUACCAGAAAAAAAUGACUGGGAUCCUCCUGACAGAAAAGUAGAUACUCGCAAGUUCCGCUCAGAACCAAGAAGCAUUUUUGAGUAUGAGCCAGGAAAGUCAUCAAUCCUUGAACACGAAAGGCCGACAUCCUUAUAUCAUCACUCUUCAACAGACAGAGGCCUGGACAGGCCUUCCAGUUCUGCAAGUACUGCGAGUGACUAUAGGAAAAGGAGGAAGUCAGAACCUGCUGUAAGUCAUCAGAGAGCACACAGUGAUCAGAAUGCAAACAGGCCCAGCCUGGGCCGUACAGAUAUGCAAGGCCCAUACACCACCCUUAGAAAGCCUUUAACUAGCUCGUCUCCUUCUUCUCCAUCACGAGCAAAAGGUGGGGAUAUUAGCAAAGUAUAUCCAUCCCUCCUCAGUUAUUCAGUGCACAACCACAACACCUCAAAUGAAUUAGAUUACUGUAGCACUUACAGACAACAUUUAGCUGUUCCUAAUGAUUCAAGGAGGGCAAUCAGCUACAAGAAUGGCUGGCAAAUGACUCGACAAAAUGCAGAAGUAUGGAGCAGCACAGAAGAAACCACUUCUCCAAAGAGAAAAUCUCGUAGCUGUGAUGAUCUUUUAACAGAUGAUCGGGAUGGCUUUCCCGAUGCACAGGCCAAGUCUGAAAGCAUGGUCUCUCUUCUAUGUGAGGAGGAUGCUAAAGAGGUUUGCUCAAUGAACUGGGCAUCCCCAUAUGCACCUGAGGGCCGUGGUGGUGGUAGGGCAAGAGUUCGUCACAGAUCUGCGCACGAUGCCCCAGGUUUCCUUAAAAUGUACAAAAAGAUGCAUCGUAUCAAUCGCAAGGACUUGAUGAACUCGGAGGUGAUCUGUUCUGUGAAGUCCAGAAUACUGCAGUAUGAAAAAGAACAGCAUAAAGGUAUCCUUCAGGGCUGGAGAGAAUCUUCUACGGAAGAGGUGCCCAGAGAUAUGGUGCCAACCAGAAUAUCGGAAUUUGAAAAACUAAUUCAGAAGUCAAAAUCAAUGCCAAAUCUGGGUGAUGAAAUGUUGUCAAACAUUACACUAGAGCCUCCUAAAAAUGGUUUAUGUUCACAGCGGCGAUUUUCUAUCGAGUCUCUGCUGGAGGAAGAAAAUGAAGUCAGACAUCCCUCUCAGGUACAACGGAGCUACAAGUCUAAAACCCUGGUGCCAAUUCAUAUUGAAGUGACCAGUGAUGAGCCACAGCGGUCACAUAUGGAUUUCUCAGACAGUGAUCAAGAUGGAGUGGUUUCUGACCUCAGUGACUUUAUCCAGAUAGAGGGGUCAUCCUUUUGUAGUGAAAGUGACUUCGAUCACUAUUCCUUCACAUCAUCUGAAAGCUUUUAUGGAUCGGGCCAUCACCACCACCACCACCACCACCAUCACAGGCAUCUCAUCAGCUCCUGCAAAGGGAGAUGCCCAGCGUCCUACACCCGCUUCACCACCAUGUUGAAACAUGAAAGGGCUAAACAAGAACCUGCUGAAGAUCCAAGGAGACAGGAGGCAGAAUCUGGCCUCUCCAAGAUAGCAUUCCUAGUCAGCCCAGUGCCUUUCCGAAGGAAAAAAAGUGCAGCCCCUAAAAAACAAACUGAAAAGACAAAACGUAAGUCAUCUGUAUUUGAAGCACUAGAUUCUGCACUUAAAGACAUCUGUGACCAAAUAAAAGCUGAAAAAAGAAGGGGAAGCUUGCCUGACAAUAGUAUAUUACACAGACUGAUUACUGAGCUGCUUCCAGACAUUCCAGAAAGGAAUUCAUCUCUUACAGCUCUGAAAAAGAGUCCCAUGCACCAGCCUUUUCAUCCACUGCCUCAAGAUGGUGCUACUCAUUGCCCACUUUACCAGAAUGAUUGUGGAAGAUUACCUCUUAGUGCCUCUCUCCAAGACAUGGACACAACUAACAACAAUAACCAAGAAAAUGAUAGUGCACUGUGUUUCCAAGACCAGGAAACUCCUGGAAACUAUUCUGCUUUCACCGAUGUGGGACAAUGUACUCCAAGGGACAGAAGAGGAGCUACAGAUAAAGAGAAACUGCCAGCUAGAGCUGUAUAUGACUUUAAAGCUCAAACUUCUAAAGAGCUGUCCUUUAAGAAAGGAGAUACUGUCUAUAUCCUCAGGAAAAUUGAUCAAAACUGGUAUGAAGGUGAGCACCAUGGAAGAGUUGGAAUAUUCCCAAUUUCUUAUGUUGAGAAGCUUUCUCCUCCAGAAAAAGCACAGCCUGCCAGGCCGCCUCCUCCUGCACAGAUUGGAGAGAUUGGAGAAGCUAUUGCCAAAUAUAAUUUCAGUGCAGACACAAAUGUGGAGUUAUCACUUAGAAAGGGAGACAGAGUCAUACUUCUUAAGCGGGUUGAUCAAAACUGGUAUGAAGGUAAAAUACCAGGAACCAACAGACAAGGCAUCUUCCCUGUUUCCUACGUAGAAGUUAUCAAAAAGAAUGCAUCAAAAAGUGCUGAUGACUACCCUGAUCCUCCUAUACCCCAAAGUUAUUCUAGUGACAGAAUACACAAUUUAAGUUCAACUAAGUUGCCUUUCCAAGCACUAUCCCCACCUCCCAGAUACCAUUUCUCCUCUUGGUCACCCAAUGAUCAAAAGACACUCCAGGAUGCCACUAGUGAUUCAUUUUCCAGGACGGAUGGUUUUUCACCUUCAAGCUUACGUAUCUUACCACCUCCACAAUUUCCAGACAGUUUUCUUUCUAACUUAGAAGAACUCAGUUCUUUGGCAUUAACAUCCCAAUCUUUAGCAAUCUCCCCAAAUAGUAGCAUUCAUCAAGUUAAGGGAAAUGAUUUUAUUCCAAAUACAGAGAUCUCUCUGAGCUCCACUACAGCUCUUCCUCAGUCUUUUCUCGUAUCUGCCUCCAUCUCACCUUCAGCCAGUUCAUCUCAUGACUUAACAUAUAAGCAUGAAAGCAACAAUACUGAACUAAGAAAAUAUAAAGACUUGAGAACUGAGAAGCCAAGUACAUCUCUCAAGAUGCCUAGAGACUUAUCAGAUACUACCACAGAAGAUGAACAUGUUUUCUCUACCUGCAACAUCCCUUUACUACAUAAGUGUAGUUCCAUCUCUGCCAUGCCAGAUGCAAAUGCUGAAAAUGAAGAUGAAAUCUGUACAGCAGAUCUGUCAAUUGACCUAGGAGAUCAGUCAGAGCCUCAAGAAUCAGAUUUCUACAGAGAAUCAGAAGACACAACAGAAGAACUGAUAAAACUCUAUAUAGAGGAGGAUCUGAUACAUGAUGAUUUAGUGUUUCCUGUAGGAAGUAGAGGAGAUUCCAUAGUAUGUUGUGAAGGAUGCACCUCACCGAGUAUCUAUAAGACAGCUCUGCUUUCUACGAAAACAUCAGAAGAGUCUGAUACUCCUUUCCACUUUCAUUCAAAUCUACCAUUUCACUCUGCCAACACAUCAGCUUCUCACUCUGUUCUUACAACAUCCCACUCUGCUGCUUCCCUCUCACCUCCUCUCAUAUCUAAACUUUUACAUGAGCAGGAGAAAGAUUCACUGAAGGCUAAUUUAAAGAGAGAGAUAUUUGUUAUGGGUAAACCUCCUCGUAGCCCUGUGAUGACUAAGAGAUCCUGCAGCUCCUCUGUCAGAAGUCACAGCUAUUCACACAGGCCACAGCGCCCUGUGCUUGCUCAUGAAAACAUACACAGUGGGGGGGAACCGUUUCAGGCUCUAUAUAACUAUACUCCUAGGAAUGAAGAUGAAUUGGAGCUCAGAGAGGGUGAUGUCAUUGAUGUGAUGGAAAAAUGUGAUGAUGGAUGGUUUGUGGGAACUUCAAGAAGAACCAAAUUCUUUGGUACUUUCCCUGGAAACUAUGUCAAGAGGCUGUGAAUUUUUUUCAUUCUUAUUUAUGCUGCAUCUCUGCAACAUAUCUGCAUAAAGCUGCUAGAAAACAUGCUACGCUGGCCUUCUGUUUUCUCGCUUGCAGUCUCAAAUAGAGGCCAUCCAGUUCAUCCUCAUCCCAUCCCAUCUGCCAAACCGUUCCAGCAGUAUUACAGCAACGACUACCGUGUGAAUAACUAAGCUUUUCUGAAACAAGAGGAAUCCUCCCUACCUAUAAGUACUCCCUGCUUUUAACUCUUUUUAUUUGAAACGCGAUAGGAAAAGCCUGAUGAGAGGUACCCAGAAGAAUUGCUACGGUGGUGGGGGGUGUAAGGAGAGGGAGAAAGUCUUCCUGUUUGGGACAUUUGUGGUACUAUCAUGAAGUGCGAUGGGAAAACAAAAUUUUUCAGCAUGCAUGUAUAACAGAGGGAAAGUUGCUGCUUACUAUUUAAGAAGAAAAAAAAAAACACAAAACAAAAAAGAUGUUUUGAGUUUUCAUAUUCUUAUUAGCUUGGCAGCAUUUGUUGCUUUCACUUUGCUGUAUCACAAGUUUGCCUAUUGUACUGGUUUACAAUGACAAAUUAUAAUAUAGGUUUUUUGCCUGCACUUGUAUGUUGUAACUUAUGCACAGUGACUGUAAAAUCUCAAGCAAGUGUAGUGAAAAAUGGAAGAACUGCAAGUGUUCUGAUGGUGCAAUGGUAUUUGCUAAACCCUUUUUUCCCUAUUAAAGCUACAGCAUUUUCUCUUCAAAGGUAAGAAGUGCAAGAGGUGUAAAACCUCAGGAAACAGGAUUUAAAGAAGAGACAGACAGUGAUAUAAGCACAAACAAUAACAACCUGCUGAUCAUAUGACAUUAAAUGGUUGUAAUCAAAAUGUUGUAAUAGUCAGCAGCAUGAAAUCUGAGAGGUUAGUGUUUUUUAUGUACCACAGGCAUUUUAAGAAGCAGCAAGUAAACAGUGUUAGUGCAAAGGAUUGUUUUUCCUCUAACAUAGCCACCUGAAAAACAUUCACAAGUAUCAUGUACUGAUUUAUUUCACUAUACACACACACGUAUAUAUAUACACAUGUAUGUUAACAAAAUCUGAGUUACACUUUUUUUUUUUUUAGGAAUUUAGUACAUUAAAAAAAAAAAAUCACAAGUAUUAAAAUCAAUACGUUUGAGAGGGUUUGGGUUGUUGUUGGUCUUUUUUUUCCUGAAUGAAUCAAGUAUUUGAAAACAGAUAUUCUCCAUAUGCAACCGUAAGCAUAAAUAGCAUACUAAAUUAAGGCACAGGAUGAUAAUGACUACGACUUCAUGAAAAAAAAAAAAAAAAAAUGAUUUUUUUUUUUUUCCAAGUCAGAUUUGUUUUCUUUGGCACCUUAUAGAUGGCAAAAGCUUCUACUGCAUUUCUCAUGGGUAAAGGACUGAAAUUAUCAACAUGUAUUUAGCCUCUGUAGCAUUUUGUACAUAUGUUUGCUUUUUUGUACAGAGCCAUUUGGUUGUCGAUUUAAAAAAAAAAAAAAAAAUCAAGUUUCUUAUUUGAUCUUCACCCUCUUUACAUACAGAACAUUUCAAUGCAUUUUGCUUUACUUUCUCUAUUUACCAUAAGCACAUCUGAAUAGUGCAAUUCUGUAAGAUAGCAUUUUAUGCAAAAUUUUAUUAAUUAAAAUAUGGUUUACCAGCCAAAUCUAAAUGUACAUAUGUCUUUAUUACUGAGAAAUGUCAUUAAGACGAAGGUAAAGAAACAUCUUUGUGCAGCAUACCUUUAUUAUUGCAGAUUUAAUGGCAAAAGCUUUAUAUUUCAAAGGCUUUCAAUUUUAAACUAGAUCUGCAUGCAGCUUUGCUGUGAGAUUAAUUCCUAUCUUUGAUGCCAUUUAUGAUUGAAGACUUAAAUAUCUGUUGCCUGUGAUAUUUAAAAAGUACUGUUUCUACUCUGUAUCUGAUUUUAGAAAAAUACAGGUUUUUCAUACCUGGCUUUCAGGUAAUUGACUUUGAAUUCCUACAAGCAAAAGGUCUCUGUGUUUUUUUCUUGAAUAGACUUCCAAUAAAUUUUGCUUGGAGUACACAA